AUGCCCUCACGCUCAUACCACAUCCUCCAAAAUGUGCCGUCCUUCUCUCGCAUCCUCUUGCUCUCAUCUGUCCUGCGGCUUGCCCUGAUAGUGUAUAGCGAAUGGCACGACGCACACUCAGCUGUGAAGUACACGGACGUGGACUACCGCGUCUUCAGUGACGCCGCACGGUUCGUCCUCAACCCUGCAGCGGACAACCGAGCGGAGGGCCCACUCGCGUCUUAUUGGCACGUUGGAAGCCCGUAUACACGCGCAACAUAUCGCUACACCCCUCUGCUCGCCGUGCUCUUGACGCCAAACGAAUGGUUACAUCCCUCGUUCGGGAAGCUGCUCUUCGCGGGAUGCGACAUCCUCGCUGGGCUGCUCAUGUAUGAGCUCCUGGUAUCAUUCAUUCUACCUAGGACGCGCCGCAGGUCUUCUCCGGUACAAGCAGAGAAGAACCCCUCCCCUUCAACGCCUCAUGCAGAUGCGGACUCCACCUCGCAACUGGCCACUUUCCUGGUUUCUCUGCACCUCCUCAACCCACUUGUCUUCACCAUAUCUACACGAGGUUCCUCGGAGUCUGUCCUAUCACUGUUCGUCCUUGCAACCCUCUACUACGCGCUGAAGGACCGGUGGGACGUCUCAGCCGUGCUCCUUGGGCUAUCUACGCACUGGAAGAUAUACCCGUUCAUCUACGGCGUCGCGUGCCUGGGCGUAAUCGGCAGUCAAGGCGCUGUGGGCAGGGGAUGGCAGGGGAUUUGCAGCACACUUGUCAAUGGACGGACUAUCAGGUUCGGGGUGAUCAGUGCGACAACGUUCUUGGCUUUGGGAGCUGCCAUGUACGCUAUAUGGGGGCAGCCGUUCCUACAGGAGUCGUAUCUCUACCACCUAACCCGCCUGGACCACCGACAUAACUUCUCCCCGUACUUCUACCUGGUGUACCUAACCUACCCCUCCGCCUCCUCCGCUCAGGAGACAGUCUUGUGGAAGAGGCUCCUCAGGUCUCCUUUGACGAGCUUCGUCCCCCAAAUGAUCCUGGCUCUUGGAAGCGGCCUGCUGUUCGGUCGGCGGAGAGAGAACCUGGUAUUUACGUGGUUCGUGCAGACCUUCGUAUUCGUGGUCUUCAACAAGGUCUGCACAUCUCAGUACUUCCUGUGGUACACGCUCUUCUUGCCGCUUCUGAUACCACAGCUUUCCAUGUCGACCCGCCGCGCUGUGGCGUAUGGGGCGGUCUGGAUCGGCACACAAGCGCUAUGGCUGAGUGAAGCGUACAAGCUGGAGUUCUUGGGGCAGAACGUCUUCUUCGGUCUCUGGAUCCGGGGGCUGGUCUAUGUCGUUGGGAAUUGCUGGGUUCUCGCAGGGAUCAUGGACGCAUACGGUUGUCGAGCAUGA